AUGACACGUCUAAAAGACUUUGUGUGGACACAUUGCACAACAAUUCCUGGUAGCACGAACGUCAAGUGCAAUUGGUGUCUAGAGGACAUCAAUGGUGGAAUUUAUCGUUUCAAAUGGCAUUUGUCAAAAGAACGAGGAAAUAACACUGAGAUAUGCAAAAGAUGCUCUGCAGAUGUCUCGUAUCAGACAAAGCAAGCUCUUGAAGGGAUUGCUGAUAGCAAGGCCAAAAAGGCAAGAACAGGGGUUGAACUAGGUUCUAGUUCUGCAAAUGCCAGGAGGAACCGUUUGAGUGAGGAGGAUGGUGAAGAAGGGGGUUUCAAUGAAUCUGGGUCAACACCUAGUUCUAUAGCACGUGGACCAACACAGGUGGAGGAAACAUUAGUACUUCCUUCCAACCUCGUACUACACCGGGAUCGCAAACCACUUUGGAGAGUACAGGAUGGAGGAAAAAUAUCACAGAACAAGCAAAGAAGAAAUCCAUAUUGGCAACCUAUGGUAGAUGCCAUUGCAGUUGUAGGUCCGGGUUUUCAAACCCCAUCUUCUGAGUCUUUGAGGGUUGGAAUGCUACAAGAUGCAGUACGGGAUGUUGAAGAUGUUGUUAAAGAGCAUCGGUUACAAUGGGCUAUUACUGGUUGUAGCAUUAUGUCAGAUGGUUGGACAGAUAGAAGGAACCGGACUCUCAUUAACAUCCUGGUCUCUUGUGAGAUUGGCACUGUUUUUUUGAAAUCUGUGGAUGCAUCUAAUAUUUCAAAAAACACAACUGCAUUGUUUGAGAUGUAUGAAAUGGUAGUUACUGAUGUAGGGCCACAAACACAUUGCCUUGAUCUAACCCUAGAGGACAUUGGAAAAAAUGAAUGGGUUAAGGAGGCAUUUCAGAAGGUUCACAAGGUGACCAAAUUUAUUUAUAAUCACACGAGUGUUUUGUCUAUGAUGCGCUCUUUCAUUGGGGGCAAGGAGCUAGUUCGACUGGGGGUGACAAGAUUUGCAACAAACUUCCUUGCAUUGCAGAAAUUAUGUGAGCAAAAAGUUAAUUUGAGGCGAAUGUUUGUUAAUUUGAGGCGAAUGCUUGUUUCAGCUGAGUGGAUGGAGUCUAGCUUCAGAAAACAAGCAAAUUGCAUAGUAGCGAUGGAAUUCAUCUAUUCUACCAGCUUUUGGGAAUCGAUUGAACAAAUUGUAGAAUUUUCAAAGCCUCUAGUAAAAGUUUUGAGACUAGUGGAUGGGGAAAAACCCCCCAUGGGAUAUUUGUAUGAGGCCAUGGAUAGGGCCAAGGAGGUGAUAAGGAGUAAGUUGGGAAAUAACAGGGAUAUGUAUAUGCAGUUGUGGAACAUAAUUGAUAGGAGAUGGGAUGGACAGAUGCACAUUCCUCUCCAUGUUGCGGGAUACUUUCUCAAUCCUUUGUUAUUCUAUAAGACUCCAUACAUGGAUAUUGAUGUUGAAAUCAAACAAGGCUUCUUCAAGUGCAUAGAGAAAAUGUUUCCUACUGUGGAAAAACUUGAUGCGGCUACGAUAGAGUUGCAAGUGUACAGGCAUACUAAGGGAUUUCUCUCUUGUAGGGCUGCCCUGCAAAGCAGGAAGACCAUGCAACCAAGUAGACUCUAUAAACAUUUGAGAAUCUCUUUAUUUUGCCAACAUGCUCAUUAA